GACUCCUCCCCAAACAUCCCUUCAUUUCACCUUAUCACUUCCUGUCCACCCUCCCUAGUCCCUCCCUCUCUCUCUUCACCUUCUUACCUCCAAUGGCGACCCUCUCAUUCUCUCUCUUGCCUAAAACCCUACCACCCCCUUCAUUACACCCCCUUAAACCCUCCAUUUCUUACCAACCCUCAAUCUCUCUCCUCUCUCUUCGCCCACAAUCAUGGAGCUUUACCCACAAAACCCCACCAAAAGACCUCGCAAUUCGAGCCGCUGUUGAUGGAGACUACUCUUCUAAAAGAAGCAACAACAAUGGUGAACAGAGGGAAACGAUAAUGUUACCGGGCUGUGACUAUAACCACUGGUUGAUUGUUAUGGAGUUUCCCAAGGACCCAGCUCCUACUAGAGAACAAAUGAUUGAUACUUACCUCAGUACUCUUGCUACUGUUUUGGGAAGCAUGGAAGAAGCAAAGAAGAACAUGUAUGCUUUUAGUACCACAACCUAUACUGGUUUCCAAUGUACUGUAGACGAAGAAACAUCCGAAAAAUUCAAGGGAUUGCCAGGAGUCUUGUGGGUGUUGCCUGACUCUUACAUAGAUGUUAAAAACAAGGACUAUGGAGGGGACAAGUAUAUCAAUGGUGAGAUUAUUCCUUGCAAGUAUCCAACCUAUCAGCCUAAGCCACGCAAUACUUCUAAAUAUGAGAGCCGAAGGUAUGAGAGACGGCGAGAUGGUCCUCCAGGAACUCCUAGAAAACCAAAGCAAGAGACAGCGCCCUCUGAAUCAGCCUCCUCUUAAGGUUGCUAACCAUGAUACGAAGUUGCAUAGCUUAUGGAGAGAUUGGUUAUGUUUUGCCGAAUGUCAAUGAACAACAUGCACGCCUGGUGAAGUAAGGGUUAACACUGUUGAUAUAGUGGAAGAUGCGUUUCAAACUUAUAUCUAAGGCUUUGGGGCCAGAAUCCGUCCAUUCUUAGAAUUAGAGCUAUACAGUAUGAAUAUGCUAUCAAGGAGUCUCUUUGGCGGUUCUUACAAGAAUUUUGUGAGGGUUUUAUCUUCUUGUUUGCUGUCAAUUAGACUGUACAUCUGUGUUAAGCUAAAGAAUGUUUUUGUCAUUUGCUGUUGUACAUCAAGCAUAUGUGUGUUAUACAUCCGGUUUAUGACAUCUUAA